UCAUCCUCCCCCCCCCUUCCCUCCCUCCUCCUCCUCCCCUGCCCGCCCCCCGCGCCCGGCAGCCGGGAGGAGCCGCCAGCCAAGAUGUCCCGGUCCAACCGGCAGAAGGAAUACAAAUGCGGGGACCUGGUGUUCGCCAAGAUGAAGGGCUACCCGCACUGGCCCGCCCGGAUUGACGAGAUGCCGGAAGCUGCAGUAAAAUCCUCCUCCAACAAAUACCAAGUCUUCUUCUUCGGGACCCACGAAACGGCGUUCUUGGGCCCCAAGGACCUCUUCCCCUACGAGGAAUGCAAGGAGAAGUUUGGGAAACCCAACAAGAGGAAAGGGUUCAGCGAAGGUUUGUGGGAGAUUGAGAACAACCCAACCGUCAAAGCCUCCGGCUACCAGCCCACCCAGAAGAAGACCUGCGCGGAGGACGCUGAGCCGGAGCGGGAGCCCGAGGGCGACGGGGAGAAGAAGGGCAACGCGGAAGGCAGCAGCGACGAGGAGGGCAAGCUGGUGAUUGACGAGCAGUCCAAGGAGAAGAACGAGAAAGCCGGGAUCAAGAGGAAAGCGGAAGAUGCCUUGGAGGACUCCCCCAAACGCACCAAGGAAGCGGAGGGGCAGGAAGGCGAGAAGAAGGUAGACAACGAAGAGGGCCCCAAGGAGGAGCAGAAGCCCAACCCGGCUGAGGGGGAGAAGAAGAACAGCGACGCCGCCGGCGCGCCGGACGCCAACGAAGCCAAGCAGGAGGGCAAGGACAAGGCGGGCGCGGAGGAGGUCAGAGACCACAAGGAGAGCCCGUAGCGGCCUCCCCGGCGAGCUGAUCUCCCGGCCUGCUCCUUCCCCGCUGGGCUCCCCGGGUGCUGAACCGUCUCGCCCUCGUCGGCUCGUCACGUCCGCGACGCCGGCGAGCGAGAAACAAACCGAGGAGAAAACAAAACAAAAAAAAAAAGAAGAAAAACGAAAACAAACCAACAACAACAACAAAAACAGGAAAUAAAGAAGAGGAAUGAAGAGAAACCCGGUAAAACACGAACCCCUGAACCGACCCGCAUCUCCCGGCCCCGCCGUCGCGGGGCGCAUGCUUUGUAUUAGUGAUUUCUAGGGGGCUGAUCAGUUGAUUUGAAAUAAAAAAGCGAUUCAUGCCUUUUUAAA